UAAAAAUGAAUGUGUGAGAGUUGUGUGUGUUGCUAUGUUGGUGGUGAAAGAGGUUGAUGUUCUCUGCGAGCACACGCGCCUGUUUUUCAGAAAAUUCGCGCGUUGUCCCGAACUUUCAGGAAUUUUUUUAAAAUAUUUAAGCCUACGAUCAUCAAAUUGUUAAAUAAAUACUCAAGCGACCAAACGGCAAAACAUCUAGCCACACAUGCGGCGGCCCAGCAUCUUCCCAGGGCGAUGGCGCUGUAUUUCUUUCCAGCCCACAGCUAACAGCCGCCCUCAAAUCAUUCAGAGAUACCAUCACCCAUCUAGUCUCGCUGCGAGAAGUUGCUCGUGUGCGGUAUCGCAACAAUCCCAGGCCACCUCCGGUCAACUGCUCAACAACAAGAACAACAAAAACAACACACCUCACCGUGACACCUAUCUGCAGACGCCAGCUGUUUCUCCAGCAGACCAUAGAGUAGUAGGGACGGCGCAAGAACUCUUUACCACCUCCCCAUACAGCCCGGGAUCGCCGCUAUUCCUCCCAAACGGAACACAUAUUCUCAACAAACUCACCUCCUUCCUCCGAGCACAGUACAUACAAUACGGCUUCCGCGAGGUCCUCACACCGAGCAUCUAUAAAAAAUCUCUAUGGGAAGUUUCCGGCCACUGGCAAAACUACAAAGAUGACAUGUAUGAGGUACGGGGGCGGGGAGCAACGGGCGAACAAACGGCGGAGACGGAGAUUGGCGAGGACGAAUCAUACGGCCUUAAACCUAUGAAUUGCCCCGGCCACUGUUUACUCUUUAAAUCGCAGAAUCACUCCUAUCGCGAGUUGCCGCUUCGAUAUGCAGAUUUCAGUCCUCUUCACCGCAACGAAAUCUCCGGGUCGUUAAGCGGACUCACCCGCGUCCGCCGCUUCCAUCAGGAUGAUGGCCAUAUCUUUUGUAGACCGCAGCAGAUUGGCAGUGAGAUUGAGUCCGCGUUGAAGUUCACUGAUACUGUUAUGAAUAUAUUUGGAUUUGAGAAUUACAGACUUGUUCUUUCUACGCGGCCGGAGGCGGAUUUCAUUGGUAGCCUUGAACUAUGGGAAAGUGCAGAACGGCAGUUAAGGAAUGCAUUGGAGAAGAGCGGCCGGUCUUGGGAGCUCAAUGAAGGGGACGGCGCGUUCUAUGGGCCUAAAAUUGACAUGCAGGUACAGGAUUCGGAUGGCAAGUUCCAUCAACUCUCCACCAUUCAGCUAGAUAUGAACCUCCCGCAAAGAUUCGAACUGGAGUACGCUGUUGCGGAGGGUGAGGAGGACUACAACCCGGAAACUCCUGGAAGAGCAGUGCCCGUCUUAAUCCAUCGGGCAAUUUUCGGCUCCCUUGAAAGAUUCUUUGCGCUUUUAAUUGAGAAAUAUAACGGCCGAUGGCCGUUCUGGCUCUCGCCUCGCCAAGGCAUCAUCCUAACUGUCUCGCAGGACGAGAAACUUCUCCGCGCAGCGGAAGAUGCGGCAGCAAAAAUGUCCGGCUAUCAAGCCCACAGCAGCAGCGAGGAUGCCAAUUCAACCACAACGACAGGGCCUCUGAAACCACUCUCACCGGCUCGGACGACGUUCAGUAUCGAUCUGGAUACCUCAGCUCGCCCUCUCGGGAAGAAAAUUCGCGAGGCCAAGGAAAUGAAAUACAAUCUUAUUUUCGUACUGGGGGAGAAGAAUCUGGCGGAUGGGAGUGUUGAUGUUGAUCUUGGCGGACAAAUGUUGCUUGAAAAGGGCGUGGGAAAUUCGAAGGCUGCCGACCAUCUUCAUCUUCUUGGCGACACCCCUUGCUGGGAUAUUACCGGAGCUCCGAAUAUAACUAAUGAAGCUAACAAUGUGGCGAAGGUGGUGAAGCUGAAGAUGAAGGUGGAUGACGUCUAUAACUGGUUAUUACGGCUGGAAACAAGGUUCCACUGAACCUGCGGCUUGGAGCUCUAUUUUGCUGUUUCCUUUUCUAUAGCUUUCUGGAUGGGUCUGUGGCGUAUGUGUGGCCCCUAGAAUCAGAGCCCCCACCCCUUGUACUAUAUUCAAAUGCCGGUGCUACUUUGUUAGAAUAACUCGUUAACACGAUCUGCAUCAUCAGUCUGAAUGUUCUGCCUUCGACCGCUGCCACAACCUAGCGGCGGAGCAUCCAUAAGUGCCAUGCCUGGCCGCUUCGCAUUGGCUCUAUAUCCUAAUUACAUGGGGGUCAGAUGCCCUUCGGCCGACCACCACGACGUCCCUAGAGGCUAGAGCUCGCUAUUUCCUCCCGGGCAAUGUCCAGGGGGUCGCUAAGACUUUAAGAAUAACUCAAAGAUAGUCAGUUCACACCAUCCUCAUCCACAGCACAUACGUUGAGUUACUUGACCGGGCAUUAGUCUAAUUGAGUCUCUCUGUUCUUUGGGCGUGUGGAGAGGAGAUUAUUGGCGGAUAAGCAAGGACGGCGAUCCACUGUCCACUUCUCACCGGCGACCUACCUGGUAUACAUGACCAGAAAGGGUCAUGGAGAGGCGCCUGUGCAGCCGCGCAUCGCGGAUGGUGUAGCUAGAGGGAGGGCCGGUGAUGAACCAUGAUGCCCACUACUAAACCACAGAUCCCAACCUUCUGCCGCUCUUCUACGCGGGUUCCAUGCGGAUUCUUGCUGCCGAACCUUCCCCAGGUGAGACGCCGUGGCACCAGCGACAUGCAGGCGAUGAGGGCGCAUACUCUCUAGUCGGCUCCAUCAUCAGAGUUCAAAACACAAGAAUGAUUCCUCAUCAUGACAGGGAGUGUGAUCAUCCAUCGUUGUCAGGGAUAAGGAUAAAGUAUCUUUGGUGCGCGGUCCCACUCGCCUUAGGCCCUUUGCGUCUCUAGGUCGGUUAGAACGUGUAGUCAAUUCCACUCAAAGGGGAGGAAAUUUGGAGAUGCUUUGGAUGUCUUUCACUGCUAGGACUGCAAGUGAGUUGAGACCCCUUGUACAUGUACAUACAUGUACAUACAUUUUCCUCUGACUGCGUACCUUUAAUAAAGUUAGCACCGCGUGUGUUAGGUCGUCAUAUCUCAAGACAACAAUAGCAAAGAAGGGAAACAAAACAAGAGUUGUACAAAUCUGUAUGAAGAGCGAGUUAGCUUGCUCAAGUUGCCUACUAAGAGUGUACGUUAAUAAACGGGAGAAAAUAAACAAAUCAGCCGGCAGCUGAGCAAUUAUUCAUACCAAAGAAGAACGAAUAUUGAAUCUUUCUCCGUCUGAGUCCCCAGAACCGAUAGGGGUCUUCGACCUGAAAUAGUCACGAAACCAGUCACCUUUGUCAACCAGCUUGCGAAUGAGGUAUCGGUGCAUAUGAUUAUUCUCCUUCAUUAAAAAUGAACAGUUGGUUAAGCCUGAUAUGUGACAUAUUGAAAUUUCCUUAUUGAAAUUUCCUUAUUGAAACUUCGGGAUAAUCGGUGGUAUUGAGGGUAGGCUUGAUAUAUAUAUGUUGUGCGACAGUAAAGUUUCCUUCCGGAUAUGAUGAUAAUAACUCAGAGCUAUUUUAAUUGUAGGCAACAGGCCUUUAUACAAUAAUCAAAGGAAGUGUAUUAUUCUCCCAUUCCU